AUGCCGUCAGAAUCCGGCGAGAGACGACCGACGAAACCGCACCAAGUGGGUGCACCACCACCAGAGCCAGAACACAUCCCAUGCCCGCGCUGUGAUUCUACAAACACCAAAUUCUGCUACUACAACAACUACAACUUCUCUCAGCCCCGUCAUUUCUGCAAAUCCUGCCGCCGAUACUGGACACAUGGUGGGACCCUCCGCGACAUACCCGUCGGUGGUGGUACUCGCCGGAAUGCCAAACGCUCUCGCACCAGCACCUACACUCAUGACAACAUGCACGCUACUGCUACCACCACCAUCCCCACCCCCAUUUUGGUUCCUUUAGUCGCCGACCAAGGCGGUGCCGUACAAUUUGUGGGUGAUGCCAAGCCAAGUUUGAGUUUUUGCGGAAGUUUUACUUCGCUGUUGAAUACUCAGGGGGCAGGGGUUUUGGCACUGGGUGGGUUUGGGCUUGGGCUUGGGUCUGUGUCUGGGUCUGGGUUUGAGGAUAUGAGUUUUAGACUUGGAAGGGCGGUUUGGCCUUUUCCGGCGGUUGGAGAUGGUGGCCCUUCCAGCAGUGGUGGUGUGAUUGGUAGUAAUGCAUGGCAGCUGGGGACAGGAGAAGGUGGGUUUGUUGGCGGCGAUUGCUUUCCUUUGCCAGAUCUUACUAUUUCCACACCCAUGAAUUGUUUCAAAUAGUCUCCUUGUUUUGUAUUUCACUGUUUCUUUUUAGGAAAACAUAAAUGUGUACUUUUUUGUGGUUUAAGAUCUGAUUGUUAGAGAAUCAAUAGAACCUGUCCUGUGGCUUUUGAAUCUACAACACAUGUGUCUGAAUAUUAUUG